AUGAAACUCCCGUUCCACACCAUUCUGGGUCCGAUAUUUAGGAAAAAUCAGAAGAAUAUCAAGAUACUUUGCGGUUAUCCUGCGCUGCAGUUUGCCCCUAUUUACGUCGCGAUUCUGGGGGUGCUAGGAGUGAUCCUCAGCAUAUUCGAUAUAGUCCGAAUUAUAAGAUGUGGUCCAGUUUUACCAGGAUACCUUUGGCGAGAGAGGUUAAAAGCAGGAAAAUUGGUGACUCCUGAAGCUGAAAGAGACUGUAAACUGGUCUGCCUGGUGUUAUCAUCUGAAUAUUACCUGUUCCUGUUAGUUGGAUUAUCAACGAACAACCCAAUAUUCUUCCUCCCGUUUCUGAUGCUGUACGCGGUGAUAAUUUUUCUGGAGUUGCUGAUAUUCUUCAUUAGGGCCUUCGUGGAAGGCAUAGAUUUUAAAAAGUGCGGACUUAUCAUGUCUUUGUUCAUGGUAUACAACUGGUUGUCUGUUUUCUGUACGUUUGCGCGUGCUAUGACGGCGUGCGACAUAUAA